GACGCUUUCAGGAGCGACUAGAAACUGAAGCCACGCUGCCGUCUCACAUUUGUUAGUACUCGAGGCGGAAGACUCUUAUCGAGAGGACUAAAAGAAAAAUCAGAUAUUUACUGUCACAUGUAAAUGGAUGUGAAAGAGGAGACAUGUGAGGCAGACAUAAACACUAUGGAGAUAGGGACCGUAAAUGUUAAGAAAGAGGAGGACUGUGAGUGGGAAAGUGUUCACCCUAAACAAGAGAGUUUGUACAUUAAGGAUGAGGAAUUUAAACUGAGAUUAGUGGACAUUAAAGAAGAGGCUGAAGAGAAAUGUCUCAAAAAUGAGAUACAUACACGUAAAGGUGUGCAAUGUGUCAAAGAAGACGAACUUGAUUAUGGUGUUCAAGGUGGAGCAGUGACUGAAAUGGUCUCUUUGGAAAGCAAAUACUCCUCAGCAGAGCUUACCAACAAUUUGAAGUCUGAAAUUUUACAAACUGAUGCAAAAAUGACUCCAGAAGUUUCUUUUUUAAGAACUGAGGAAGAUCAGCUACCACCUACAAGCAAGUCUAGAAAAAGAAGCAAAUCUCACUGCUGUUCUGAAUGUGGCAAACAAUUAUCUACCAGGAGUAACCUUCAGAUCCACAAAAAAAUCCACACAGGAGAGAAACCAUAUAGUUGUUCUGAGUGUGGCAAACAGUUUUUACAAAGAAGCCAUCUUAAGAACCACACAAAACUUCACACAGGAGAGAAGCCAUUUUGCUGUAAUGAAUGUGGCAAACAAUUCUGUCACAGGAGUAAUCUUCAGCGACAUAUUAGAACCCACAGAGGAGAGAAGCCAUAUUGCUGUUCUCAAUGUGGCAAACAGUUUUCACAAAAACACCAUCUUCAGACCCACCAAAGAAUUCACACGGGAGAAAAGCCAUUUUGUUGUGCUGAAUGUGGUGUACAAUUCUCUGACAGGAGUAGUCUUCUAAACCACAACAAAGCUCGUACUGGCGGCAAGCUGUAUUGCUGUUCUGAAUGUGACAAACAAUUCUGUAGCAGCAGUAAACUUCAGAGGCACCAAAGAAUUCAUAUUGGAGGGAAAUUGUAUUGCUGUUCUGAAUGUGGUAAACAAUUCCGUCGUAGGUGUUCUUUUCAGAGACACACUAGAAUUCACACAGGUGAAAAGCCAUUUGUGUGUUCUAUAUGUGGCAGACAAUUCUCUGUCAGGAGUAGUCUUUUGAGGCACACAGAAACUCACACAGAAGGGAAGCCAUUUAGUUGUUCUGAAUGUGGCAAAGGAUUCUCACGAUCUACACAUCUUCGGGGCCACAAAAGAAUUCACACAGGAGAGGAGCCAUAUGGCUGUUCUGAAUGUGGCAAACAAUUCUCUGACAGAAGCAGUCUUCUGAACCACAAAAGAACGCACACUGGAGAGAAGCCAUAUUAUUGUUCUGAAUGUGGCAAGCAGUUCUCUGACAGGAGCUAUCUUCGGAGUCACACAAGAAUUCAUACAGGUGAAAAGCCAUAUUCCUGUUUGGAAUGUGGCAAAAAAUUUUCGCUGAGGAGUACUCUUCAGAUUCACACAAGAAUUCACACAGGAGAGAAGCCAUAUUGCUGUUCUGAGUGUGGCAAACGGUUCUCACAAAUCGGCAAUCUUUUGGGCCACAAAGGAAUUCACACAGGAGAAAAACGUUACUCCUGUUCUGAAUGUGGCAGACAGUUUUUACAAAUGAGCAGUCUUAAAAGACAUUCACGAAUUCACACAGGAGAGAAGCCAUACUGCUGUUCUAAAUGCGACAGACAAUUUUCUUAUGUAACCAGUCUUAAGAAACACUCUGCAGUUCAUAUGAGAGAAGGAAGAUGCCUUGAAGGAAAAAUUUGUCAGGAAGAGAAGAGAGAAAUUGAACCCUCUGAACAACUGACGUCUUGACAAGUAACUUCAUGUGGUGGGCUUCAUUGAUUAAGUUUCAUACCCAAUUUCUUCAAAGCCAAACUACUCUAAUAUGUCUUCUUUAAUUGGGAACUUAAAGUGAGGUAAACAUUAAAAUUUAUAAGAGCUGAGAGAGCACGAACUGUGUUUUCAA